AGUGCCUCUCCAAACUUUGAGCGACCUGCGGGGUGGCGGAGCGUCCCCGCGUGCGCGCGCAGCUCAGAAUGCGCCGUGUGCGCGCGCCCCGUCGACUGGAGUCGAAAAGAUGGUGGCCAGCGCUCGAGUGCAGAAGCUCCUCCGACGAUACAAACUAGCGAUUGCCGCCGCGUUAACCAUCCUCCUGAUCCAAGGGCUGGUCGUAUGGAGUCUGCGGAGUCUGGAAGAGGGCGAGGCAGAGAGAAAAACACGACGGUCUAAGCUGCCGGACCACAACAGCCAGGACCCCAAGAGAGACCCCGCACUUUGGGAGAAACAAAACUCAUUGUCGGGGAGGAACAAGGGCAGAUGGAGCACCAGGUUGGAGAGGACAGGAGGCACCGCAGCCAGCGCGCUGAGGAGAGGACCCAGUCGACAAGGAGGCAAGCCCAAUAUCAGGCUGAAGUCUCCCCAGGAGCGGGGGAUGACGGGGGCUGGAAUGGACGCUGUCGUUCCACACGACCUGUCCAGCAGCCGCAACUUCAGCGAGAGCCGAGUAAACACAGACGGGGCAGCUAAGCAACCUGCUGCUGCCAUACCAGGGGAGCCGGGCAGCGUGGACGGCGCACACCAAGCCCCCAGCAGUGACUUUGUGCCCAAGUGUGACAUCAUAGGCAAGGACGCUCUGUCUGCCAUCCAUCGCGCCGGGUCACAGCAGUGCCGACAGGAGAUCGCCAACAUUGUGUGCCAGCAUCACGCCGGUCAGCUCAUGCCAAAAGCACUUCCUCAGUUCUGCCGCCAGAUCGGUGUGUCGAAUCCAGUUGAGGCGGUUGGCGAGCUGUACAACAGCCUGUCCAAGGUGGAAAACCCAGUCAGGGUGGCUUUUGUUCUGAUGGUCCACGGCCGAGCCGUACGGCAGCUCAAACGUCUCAUCAAAGCCAUAUACCACCGUGACCACUACUACUACAUCCACGUCGACAAGCGGUCCGGCUACUUGCAUCGAGAGGUCCUGCAGAUAGCCCAGCAGUUCCCCAACAUUCGAGCCACGCCCUGGAGGAUGGUCACCAUCUGGGGUGGUGCCAGCCUCCUGAAAGCCUACCUCCGCAGCAUGCAGGACCUGCUCUCCAUGCUGGACUGGAAAUGGGAUUUUUUCAUCAAUCUCAGCGCCACAGACUUCCCCACCAGGACCAACGAUGAACUGGUGGCUUUCCUGACGCAUCACAGAGACAAGAACUUCCUCAAGUCACAUGGGAGAGAGAACGCUCGGUUCAUUAAGAAACAGGGCCUCGACCGUCUCUUCCACGAGUGUGACAACCACAUGUGGCGUCUCGGGGAGCGCAGCAUCCCAGAGGGCCUGGAGGUCUCCGGUGGCUCUGAUUGGUUUGCGCUCACCCGCCGCUUUGUGGAGUACGUCAUCAACUCCCAGGAUGACCUGGUUGCAGGGCUGAAGCAGUUCUAUACCUACGCUCUGCUCCCCGCCGAGUCUUUCUUCCACACGGUGCUGGGUAACAGUCACAUGUGUGACAGCCUGGUGGACAAUAACCUGCGGGUCACCAACUGGAAUCGUAAGCUUGGCUGUAAGUGCCAGUACAAGCACAUUGUCGACUGGUGCGGUUGUUCUCCCAAUGAUUUCAAACCGCAAGACCUCAUCCGGAUUCAGCAAUUGACCCGUCCAACAUACUUUGCCCGUAAAUUUGAGUCGACGGUGAACCAGGAGGCCAUAGACAUCCUGGACACUCACCUCUACGGCCAGUAUGCCCCGGGCACCAUCGCCAUCAAGGCGUACUGGGAGAGCUUGUUUGAGCAAUUGGAUGGCAUCGGCUCGCUCAGUGACGUGGCUCUCACCGCUUUCACUUCCUUCUUUCGCCUGGGUCUGAAGAGUCUGGCGACUACUCAGAGCAAAGUGGAGGCCUGCAGGUUUGAACCAGUAGGCAACCCUCUAUCGGUACACUUGUACUUCUACGAUGACCGUUUCCAAGGGUACCUGGUGCGUCAGGAAGCCCAGACUGUGGGGUCAAAGAUCAGGGAGACCCUGGAGGUGUGGGCCAUGCCCCAGGCCUCCUUCGUACUCGAGAAGAACCUUAAAGAGUUUGAAAGGCUGAAGAAUCUGGAAAUCGGCACAGAGUGGGAUCCUAAGGAGAGGAUCUUCCGUAACUUUGGUGGGGUGAUCGGGCCUUUGGAUGAACCACUGGCUGUCCAGAAGUGGGCCCGGGGUCCAAACCUCACAGCCACCAUCGUGUGGCUCGACCCCGCUCUGAUAGUGGCAGCAUCAUACGACAUCACAGUAGACGUGGAUGCGGAGUACACACAAUACAAACCACCGCUGCAGCGCCCCCUGCGGCCCGGGAUCUGGACGGUGCGGGUGUUGAAGCAAUGGGAGCGCGUGGCAGACGUUCGCUUCCUCGUCAUGCCGCUAACCUUCAAAGAUAAGGAGCCACUACGCAAAGAAGAGGACAGCUGGCUCCACGCCGGCCCCCCAGGGAACCUGUACCUGGAUCAGAGUUUCCAGCAGCUGAGCUCAAUGCUGAAGCUGCCUCCCCAGGAGCCUGCCAUGAGGGAGGCCCAACGCAACGCCCAGCUUGUGGGUCAGUCACUUGAACAAUGGGUGGAUAGCGGUGUGGGGAGCUUCUGGGCUAUGGGCGAUCUGUGCGCCACACAGACUUCCUCCUGCCCAGCAUUGAGACCCUGCUCCAAGACCUCCUGGAGCUCCAUGUCCCCGGACCCCAAGUCUGAACUGGGCCCUGUCAAAAGUGAUGGGCGGAUCAGGUAGUGCCGUGAAGGAAGAGACUGUAGACUGUAACACAUGCACACAGGGAGAAUGAGGGAGAGCUGGACCUACACUAGAGAGCUCCAGGAGAACCUGUGGGGACUGGAUGUUGUCCCCAACGUUGACUCAGAGCUCAGGGGCACGUGAGCAACCGCAAGGCAACUUUCUGCACUGAGGAGUCGGGUGGUACUAGAGACUUAAAAGGGGAGGAACUACAGGAAUAUGACUGCUGGAUAUUUGCACAUAGAAGACUGAGACUUUUGUCAUUGUUUGCUGAAUAGCUUACAAAGAAUGCCAGAUGUAUGUCGUGUUAUUUUAGCACAGGUUUUUCAGGCAGGGUCGACGUGGGUCAGAACCUGAAAAAGAACCCCGGGCACAUGUGUGAGCUCAGUUUUCCUCUGCUUCCAAAAGAAUCGCGAAGCAGUCGUCGAAACUCGACUGGGGGAUCCUCACUGUGCCCCUGACUUCAUUUCAAGGGAGAGCAGAACCUCUGGAUCGUGUUAUUGUGCUUAUUUUUAAGCAUCACUAGGUACACACAUGGAGCAGACGGAUGAAGUGCACUUUACUGUAAGACUAUGACGUCACACAGAGGUUGCUCGGUUACAGCGUGUGGCGGAUAUGGUCCCGUCACCUCUUUAUUUUACAGUCGCCUUUAAAGACGGAUACCUGGAUUAGGAAAUGUAAGGAAAGAGAGCGAGUGGUUUUCUAAAGGUUUCAAGUCUUCUUUUAUUCUUUAGUUCUGUUUACUGUGACAUAGGAUUUUUGAACCUGUCAUUUUUCAUGUAUUUGUUUUGUGUUAGUACCCUGGCUGUUAAAAGUGUUCAGCCACUCUGAGUAGUUUUUGUGGUCAAAGGAAGUGCCUAGACAGCUGUAGCAACAAGGCUGCAAAUAGUGUGACUGCAUUCAAAAUUCCUCUGAAAAAGUUGAAGAAAAAAACAAACAAACAGAUAAAAGAAUCUCAACUCAAAAAAUGCACAUGUCAACUGGUUAAAAGCCUCAGAGGAAGCGAGUAAGUGAACCUUGAGUUCAGAUUUCUUGUAGUUAAAUGAUGUGACAAUGCUCAAAUCUUCUGAAGUAAUUUAGAGCUGCAGUGAGUUAGUCGGUUAAUUGUUUCAUCUAUCAACAGAAAUCUUUGAUUAUCGAAUAAUCGUGAGUCGAGUCGCUUUUAAAAAAAAUUUCAACAAGAAAAACAAAAUAUUUACCUGUUCACGGCUCUCCAAUGUGAGAAGCUGACAUUACUUUAAAUUUAAUGUAUGGGGAUGUGUGGAUUGUUGAUUGGAAGAAAAUAAGGCAUUUGAGAAUGUCAUCUUGGACUAUUGGAUUUUGUGACAGGGAUUCAUCACAAUUUCCGAUUUUUUUUUUAUUUCAAUUGAAAAUUCAAUGAAAAUAAGUGCGUAUUAACCAUUAAUUUAAAUAUAAAAUAUUUCUUAGUUGCAGCCUCCGAAACAGUUUGGUUUUCAUCUUUUUUUCUAAACAGACUUAAAGUUAAGCAGAAUUUGGAGCCAAAGUGAAAAGAAUGUCUGAAACUGUAAAAGAAAAGGAAACGUUUGACGUUCUGGGGAAUUAGUGGGAAAUACACUUUCUUCCUGAGAGUCGGUUCAAAUGAGAUGAGCACAAGAGAUAAUACCAAUCUCAUGUCCAAGCACUGGACACGUAGCUUCGUCUGCUUUGUAUUUCCCAAAAUGUCGAACCUUUUCUGUCAAAUGCACGACUUUCAGACUUCAGAGACGGUGUCUGUUAUACCUCUGCUGUCACAGUUUAAAUGCAGUAUUGAUACGCUUGUGUGCUCUUGUUUACCUCACCUGUUGGUUAUUGUCAUUUCAUUUCUCAAGGUGCAUUUCAUUUCAUCUUUUUUUUUUUUUUUGAAGUCCGCCGACCAAAAACAUGGGUAAACAGUACACUGUGUUUUUACUGUAGUGUGAUUAAGAGAAUCUAAGCUGCCUUUACCUGUAGCUUAGGAGAUGAAUUUUUUUUUUUUACGGGACGCUAGUUUCGAGAGAUGUGCAAUUAAUUAUUUUACAGAGAAUUAGGACGGCCAGUCCAUGUCUUAGUUUGUCUUGUCUUUUCACUUAGUUUAAUGUGACCUUUUAGUUGGCCACCAUAUGAGUGUUCAAGUGACCUUGUGUACCUUGCACAGUACAGCUGCUUCGGCGAAGCUCCAGUUCUAUUGUGCUGAGAGGGGGCGACGGUGUAGCAGAUUUUAUUUUUCUACACAUUUUGAGAGGGAGUGUUUUGCGUUGUCCGUUCUCCGUCGCUCUGUUAAACCAUUCAAAAAACUCCUGACUACUUAUGUUGUUUUUGACGGUCCACGUGUUCAGUGUCAUUUGAAGCAGACCCUCUGUUUUGUUUUGUUUUUAGUUGUAUUGUAUUUUUUUGGAGGAUGGUGGGAUGUUGAGGUUUUCUAGAAGCAGAGGUCCAGCGGGUGGUGGGACAUCCUGGGCUGAGCUGCGACUCGUAUCUGAGUAGGGAACUUCAGCUCUGUCACUGUACGCCGUUGGAAGAGCUCAUAGCGUAGGCAUCCUGGCUGAUGACUCAAUAAAAAAACAUUUAUAAGAUGUUA